AUGGGUAAAAUUACCAGAGUAAGAACAGGUUGCUGGACCUGUAAAAAGAGACAUCGGAAAUGUGAUGAAACUAAACCUGCUUGUAACAAUUGUAAAAGUACAGGAAGGGAAUGUGAAGGUUAUGAUAUAAGAUUAUCAUUUGAUUUUUUCCAUGAAGGUCAACUGAGUAGGAAAAGAAGAAAAUUGGAUGCUAAAAAGCAACAAAUAGAACCACAAACACCUGCGGUAUCUUCUCCAAAUUCAAUUCAAUCUUUGUUAAACGAUCAAGAUGCUGAUAUAAAUAAUAAGACGCCUAGUCCGGCAACUGCGAGUACCAAUUUGAAUCAGUUUAGCAGUGCAUUAUUUGAAGAUUUACAGUCAUUACUAUCAUCAUCAGCAUCAUUUAAUAAGUCAAAUUUACCUACAAAUAUGGAGGAAUUAACACCAACUAAUCCUGCAGAAUUAUUCAAUUUCGAUUUUCAAAUAAUUGACUUUAUUGAUAAAUCGCAAAUAUUUGAUGAGAAUCAUAAAUUUUUAUUAAACAAUAUGGAUCCGAAACAUAAUGAUAUGAUUACAGCUUCAGAUACUUCAACGUUAUUCGAAAUGAGUCAUCAAGAAGAAAAUAUGAUGUUGAAACAUUUCUUUAAUAAAUUAUUACCAUUACUUGAUGGACAUCCAAAGUCUCCAUGGCCAGAUUUAGCUUUAAAAUAUUGCGAUUUCAAUAUUGCAAGGAGUUGUUUUAUUUCAUUAGCCUGUAUUCAUAUGUAUGAAAGCCGUGCUGGAGGGAAUGAAUUAUAUCAAAAGGGGGUAGCUCAUAUCAAUAACACAAUGAAUCAUUUAAUUCGAUAUAUUAGAGAAAAUUCAGGUAAAAUAAAUAAUGAAAAUGAUGAAAAUGCACUGAAAAAAUAUAUAAGUUAUUUUGUAAUUUUGGUGCUUAUGAAUGUUCAUAUAUUAUUUGCAGUUCUUGAAAAAGGUAAAAGUUCAAUAGCAAGAGAAUUUUUCAAAAUAUUUGCAGGUAUUUGUAAGGAUCAAAAAUUUUAUGAUGAUAUAUUAAUGACAAGUGAUAAAAGAAGAUCCUUAGCUGUGGUAUUGAGUUGGUAUGAUACUGUUAGUGCUGUAGUCUCCCCGGAUUGUCGAUUGCCAUAUUGUCUACCUCAUUGGUAUGGAACAGCUAAUGAUACUAUCUCAUCUUCUAAAAUGAUGGGUUGUCCUGGAGAAGUAUUUGCGGCCAUGUCAGAAGUUUGUAUAUUGCGGAAUAAAAAGUACAAUAAUCAAUUGACAGCUGAAGAUGCAACUAUGUCGUAUGACAGAGUAAAAUAUACAUUAAUGAAUUAUCGUGAUUAUGUUUCAGCUUAUGAUCAAGAUAGUAAAGAGAUUUACAUAAAUAGGAUGAAAUGUGGAUUAUGCUGGUCACUAGCAGUAUGGGUAACUUUGAACAGGGUAGUUGAGCCUGUUAAUUUCAUUGAACUGAAUCAAAAGUUACUGGAUGAGUUUAUUGCAACGUAUAAUGAGUUAGACCCAAAAUCCCCUAUAGUAACUCAAAUGGUAUGGCCAUUGUAUGCAAUUGGUUGUGAAUGUAAAUCUGAAACUGAAAAAACUAACUUGAUAAGGUUUAUGGAUAAUCUUUACGAAAAUACUAAAAUGGGUACAACUGUUUCGAUGAAAGAGAUAGUACUUAAAGUUUGGGAGUUAAAUAUAUCACAAGAAGAAUAUCUCACUGAAUGGCUAGGUCCAAAAGGAAUUGACUAUUUACCAUUAUAA